AUGCUUUCGCUCUUGUUGCUUCUUGCUCCAUCGGCUCUUGCCGUGGGCGCCCAAUCGCUGGACGAUAAAUAUUCGUGUGUCGGAACCUUCAUCUUUGGCCGUCAUAACGAUAGGGUUGCCAAACCUGCUAAGUAUCUCACUACUUACGGUGCUCGCCAACAGGAGGCCUCCGGAGCUUUCUACAGACAAAGAUACUUCGGUAUUGACUCUGAUGGAAACAAAACCGCUUCAGACUUCGUCAUCAACGGUCUUGACCCUCAAGGUUACUUUGUCUAUGGUGAUACCUAUGCCCAAUGUUCGGGAGAUACCGUCAUCGAGUACUCUCAGAUGUCUUUCUUGCAAGGUCUGUACCCACCAUCCACCGCCGUGGACUCCAAUGAGACUUUGAUUGAGACCCAGGACUCGGAACUGAGCAACGGAUCGUCUGUCGUGGCUCCUCUGGGUGGAUACCAGUACGUCUUUAUGGACGUGCAGCAGGAAACCUCCGACAACUACUUCUGGAUCAAAGGUGAUGUUAACUGUCCGGCCUCUGACGACGCUAUUGACGCUUGGUCUGAUAGCGACUACUUCAAGGAAAUGAACUCGUCUACUUACGACUUCUACCAAAGCUUGGCAGACCUGCUCCCAUCCAAGAAAUUCCCUAAAUGGAAGCUCAACUUUGGUAAUGCCAUGUCCAUCAACGACUUCAUGUUCGUCAACAACAUCCACGACGAGGAAUGGGCCUCCAAAUGGAACUCUUCGUUGUUGUUCCAGGUUGCAACCUUGGCCGACGCUGCUCAAUGGGGUAUCUCGUACGACUCUACCAACAAGCUCAACAACUUCACCAUCGGUGGCCAGUCUCUGUUGGGAGCCUCUGUGGAAUACCUUAAUACCACCAAGGUCGAAGGUUCGCCUUACAUCAACUACUUCACCGGCUCGUACAACACCAUGUACCAAAUCUUUGCCCUAUUGGAGCUCAACAAGGUGUCUGACAACUUCACCGGUAUGCCAGGCUACGGAGCCACUUUAGUUUGGGAUCUGCUGAAGGACAACUCCGACGAGUACUACGUCCAAUUUUCGUUCAAGAACGGAACCAAGGAGAAUGACGAGCUUGUUGCUUACCCAUUGUUUGGAGGCAACUCCACCGUUCUUUCUUGGGACGACUUCGUCUCCAAGACUGAAGCCGUUGCCAUCACUUCUUUGAAAGAAUGGUGCGGCAAGUGUUCGUCCACCUCUGACCAGUGCACCCAAUUCUCGUCCACGUACGAGGAGGCCUCCAAGGCCGAGGACAAGGGAAUCAACCUCAAGAAACUCGCCAACGGCGACUACCAUCUCAACAAGCUCACCAACGCGGGAGCAGGAGGAAUCGGUGCUGGUGUCACCAUCGGAGUGUUCCUCAUUCUGGGAGCCGUUUUCCUGGCCUGGAAGAAACUCAGAUCCAAGAACACCCCGAUCCUGCCAAUCUCCAGAGAACACUCUAUCGAGCACAAGGACGCUGGCUCUUCUGAUGCCACCAUCUAA